AAAAAAAGAAUACACUAUGGCCUAUCUCAAGACUCUCCAACCUUCUCACCAAAACUUCUCAACAAACAAUCCUUCCCCUCCUUCUUCCACAACAACAACUUCCUUAGCCACAAUGAAGAGCAUCAAAGCCCUAAUCCACAGCCUGAUCGUGGCUCACAUCUGCCGCGCCUUUCGAGCCCUCCGACGAGCCAAAUCCAUCCUCCUCCAAGCCCUCAGGGACCACAAGCACGACCUCCACCACUUCCCUUACCUCCUCACCGGCAGUCAUAACAACAGCAAGCAGAAGAAGGUGUUCUUUGGUUCCUUCCGGCUCCACUACAACUGGGGCUCCACCUCCUCCUCCCACGUCCUACCUGUCCCCGAAUCCGUCCUACGUGGCUGCCACGGCACCACCGGUGCCGACCAGUCGUCCGAGUCCACGCUGGCAGGGUACCUCCUCUGGCUGGAAGAGAAAGACCGCCACCUAAGCAACAACAAGGCAUGCGGCGGUGGAGGGAAAGAUGGUGGUGAUGAUGACGUGGCGGCUGGAGGAGGAGGAGGAGGGGUGGUGAACGAGAUCGACAUGCUGGCGGAGAUGUUCAUCGCCGACUGCCACGAGAAGUUCCAGCUGGAGAAGCAGGAGUCGCUGAGAAGAUUCCACGAGAUGCUGGCGAGAAGCAUGUGAAUUUCGUGAGAGUGAAGGGAAGGGAAGACGAGAAAACAAAAGGAGAGAAAUUGGGCCCUAAGGGAGAGCUUUCACGUUCUUCUAUGAGAUAUAAAAA